AAGCACGUACAGCAGCGAAUGCAUAUUGCAUACUUCUAUUCCUUACCUAUUCUUAUUCCUUACUGCCCAAUAUUUAUCCAGUUUAGUUGAUCCGGCGAGGAGAGUGAGUCAGUCGUCAUUUACAAUUUGCGAAUAUUAUUAUGCAGAACACAAGGAAGGGCCACGUGGGGACAGGCAGUUCUUCGCCCCCUCCGCAAAUCCCGUCGACAAGUUCCGCACUUUCUGACAACAAUCCCCCGCAAAGUGCAACUCGUCGCAAAAUGAUUCGUAAAUCGGGACAUACAAACGUGGAACCAGUAACAAUUCAAAACGAAUGCUGGAAACUGCUGAAGGAGUUCAUAACCAAUUGUGAUCACGAAGACGAGCUGAGUAUAUUUAAGUUUCUCACCAAUUGUAUGGUCACGGCUAACCCAUUCCUUGAACAGAUAAUGAACAAUUUCGAUAUUUUGAAGCAUCUUUGCGAGGAAAUUGCUUCCGUACCCUGUGAAGACUACUGUUUAAAGCAGUUACUUUUCAGUAUUAUUGAAAUUGCGGAAAAAUUUCCCAUGCUGUUUCCCCAACCGAUAAAUAUGCUGCGUCAAAAUGAAGCCACUUCGGUCACAAUUUCUAAAUUGCAAGCAUGCUGUAUUUUGGCGAAUGCAUUUCUGUGCACAUUUUCAAACAGAGUGGGACAUCCAAAAAUGAAGAAUUACCCAAGGAUUAAUUUCAAUGAACUUUAUGUUGACGACGCCCAACAUCACAAACAUUCUUGGCAAGCUCUAACCCAAUCGACAAAACUGGAAAAGUUGAAAUGCAUUAUGAACUACUUUAGUAAAAGUUUUGAACGACAAGAUACCCUCAUGGACGAAGACGGGUCGGAUGAAAGUGACGACAUUAUCAUUUAUGAGAGAAAAGUUCUCCUAGAGGGAGACGAGGUUGACUGGGAACAUUCUCAACAGCCAUUCGGGAAAAUGCAAGCGUUCAGCGAAGGCGCUAUAGAAGAUGCCGAGGGACGACUUCAAGUCGAUUUUGCAAAUAAAUUUGUCGGAGGAGGGACCCUUGGGAAUGGUGCCGCUCAAGAGGAAAUCCGCUUUGUCACGUGCCCUGAACUUAUCGUCGCCCAAUUUUUUACAGAAUGCUUGGGUGAUCAUGAAGCCCUUGUGGUCCGUGGUUUCGAGCAGUUCAGCUCUUAUUCUGGAUACGGAUCGUCAUUUAAGUUUGAAGGUGAUUAUGAGCAGGAGCCAAGUCUGAUAAACCAAAUAGUCAUGUUGGACGCAUAUCGCUUUCCCAAAAAUUCGCAAGCAAUGCAAUACUCUGAUGAACAUGUUGGACGUGAGCUAUACAAAUGCUUGGCUGGAUUUAAAUCAAAACAGGAAAUUGACAUGAUUCCACUCUCGAAAACUGUAGCGUCAGGGAAAUGGGGUUGCGGCGUCUUCCAGGGGGAACCCGAAUUGAAAUGUGUCCUUCAAUGGAUGGCCACCUCGGUUGCGGACAAGAAUCUAGAACUGUACACAUUUGGUGAUAAUGACCUCACUCAUAAACUGAACGAAUUAUCGAAGUUGGUGAAUGAUCACGACAUCAACGUUGGAUUCAUGUACAAUCUGACUCAAAAGUUUGGCGACAGUCUUCGACUAAGCAGGAAACCAUUUUCUCGUAGCUUGAUAAAAUUUCUUACCUCGGAAAUUGUUCCUGAUACUACAACGAAAGUUGGACGUCAGAAGCAGAAAAAGUACAUGCGUAGGAGCAUAGCUGAAGAAACAGGACAUUUGGUGCCUCGUUCUGAACAAAGUUCUGAUCGUAGUCGCAGCGAUUUGUUUUUGUUCUUGCAAAUUCCCACCGUAAUUAUAAAUUCGGUCUUGUCUUUCAUGUCCAAAGUUCCACCUUUGAAUUGGGUGGUUGCCCAAUUUGGUAGUCUCGUUCAACACGGCUCCAUUUAUGUUUUCGGAUUUCUCUCUAAAUGCUAUCAGAAAUUGUUAAAAAUUAAAUCUUCUCAAACUAAUAUUCAGGCUGCUUCCCGUGUUCGCGACAUCGAAAAGGAACAACUAGACCUAAGCGAUUCUGAGGAUGAGUGAGUGGCUUUUUAUAAGGGCACACAAAUAAUUUCCAAUUUAUUAUGUAGUUGAAGCUAGUAAAUUAUCCUUUCCAGAUAUGUCAAGCAUAUUUAACUAACAAUAAAUAUCAAGCUUGAAAAUUUUGAAA